GGUGUAACAUACUGAUACAUUUUAUCUGAUACAGUACAGUGCUUAUUUUGUGAUUUCUUUUCUACUAUUUUUGGAUGAUGUGAAUGUGAACGUUAUGCUUCAACCCGUACGAUUUGAAUCCAAACUCGUUUAUGAUUGACCAAGUCUUCCAAUGUUGAGCUUGCUGACUGACAGAAAAUCAACUGUAUUGGCUUUGUUUUAAUCCAAGACAUGGAUAACAUACCAAAAAGAUGAAUAACAAAUGCAUAGGGUUUAUAUUUUUGGUUGUUGUGACAUCUUUUUAUCUUUUCUAUGAGAUCAUUUGCUCCGAACGUUUUGUUUGCACAAGCUCAACCCUGGUAGAAGAUGUGAGGGGGAAUGAAUUUUACUCCAGCAUAUAUCGCACAGGUGGAAAUGUAUCUCAAAGUCACAGAGGGAAUAAACCAUUUAGUGAGAAGACUUUAAUUCGUGAUUUUGAUUUUGACAUCAACGGCGAUGAUGUUCUUGUGUUUCUGCACAUCCAGAAAACUGGAGGAACAACUUUUGGGAAACAUCUGGUGAAAAACAUGGACAUGGAAAAACCAUGCCAAUGUUUCCGUGGUAAAAAACGCUGUGAUUGUCUGCGUCCUGGAAGCAGUCGUAGUCACUGGUUAUUCAGUAGGUAUUCCACAGGCUGGUCUUGUGGGCUGCAUGCUGAUUGGACGGAAUUAACAAACUGUGUUCCUCAAUGGAUGGAUCAAAAAGAAAAAUUAGUUAAAAAAAGGAGGUAUUAUUAUAUAACAAUGCUGCGGCAUCCAGUUUCACGCUAUCUGAGUGAGUGGCGACAUGUACAACGUGGUGCAACGUGGAAGAAUUCCAAACACAUGUGCGACGGCAAGCAACCAUUGUCUCAUGAGCUGCCCCUCUGCUUCAGUGGAGAGGAUUGGAAGGACGUUGAAUUAAACGAGUUUAUGAAGUGCGAGUAUAACUUGGCUAAUAAUAGACAGACGAGAAUGUUGGCAGACUUAUCCGUCAUUGGGUGUUACAACAUGUCGUUCAUGACGCAAGAAGAACGUAACAAUAACAUGCUUAGAAGUGCCAAAAAGAAUCUUAGACACAUGGCGUAUUUCGGUCUGACUGAGUACCAAAAGAAGAGCCAGUUUAUAUUUGAGAAAACAUUUAAGCUGAAUUUUAUUGAUCCGUUUGAGCAGUUUAAUCGGACAUAUGCGGAACAGUCACCGAUCACUGACGAUCAGCAGCAGCAGAUUGAGCUGCUCAAUCAACUGGAUCUUGAGCUGUAUGCUUUCGCAAAAAAGCUCUUCUUUCAGAGGUACAAUAAAAUGAAGGAGUUAUUUGGAAGUAAAAAUAAUAAUUGGGAGAGUUCCUCGACAUCAUCCUCAUACUCAAGUAGCGAAGAUGAAGAUGAUGAACUUUCAUCUGAUGAUUUGCCAGUAGGCUAAUAAAUUUGGUACUUUUUUCUUUUUUAUUUUUGUGAAGCAUCGUAUUUAUAUGUGAAAUUGCAGCAAAUCUAAUCAUGUUACCGAUUAUUUUAUAAUUUUUAUAAUUGUUUUUAUUAUAUUUUUUAUGUAUUUUUAGCAAUUUUGAUUUAUUUUUUUAAUUUAACUUUUUGUAAGUUUUUAUAAAUAUUUUUAUUAAGUAUAUUAAAUAAUUGGAAAUUUAAUUUUCUUUAAUAAUUCCAGUAUAGACUUAAUGAAGGUUUUGAAACUUGCAUGACAGUGUUGGUAGCUAUUAGUAACCAGAGCUGUCUUAAAUUGUUCCAAACAAAGAAAAUCCAAUUUCCAAUCUACUUAACUAUUAUAUAGUAGAUCAAACUAUUUAAACUACUGAAUGAAUAAAUAAAUAAAUGAUUGUAUUACUUUCAUUUGUUAAUAUUAGAAACGUAGUGGAUAUAGAAGUACUGGUAGUCAAUUAAUAAUUGUAGGAAUUACGGUAGUUAGAAUGUAGUUGAUUUACUUUCAGUAUUUAAUAUACUGUAAAGUGUGAAAAGCAUUGAAGUUCAAUUGUGAUAACUUAUUAUUACUUUCCUUAUUAUCGUCUUCAUUAUCAAUUAGUAAAGUAAAAAAUCAAUAUUCUAUUAAUUGAGAUGACAACGAGAACUCAACAUGUACCUGCAGGUGACUACAGAUUACGUAAUUGUGAUCUUGCCAUUAAGGACCCCCACCUAUUUUAGAAGGAGAAUGUCUACCAUUGCAUCUGAGAUGAUGUGCCUUGGAUGUUAAGAUCCACUCCUUACUAAAUACAAAUUAUUGUAUGAGAAUUAAGAUACUAAGGAUUAUACCAAAACCUUGUAAAUUGAUUCAAUGCCUUCAAAAUAUAAGUGGCUAAAAUGAUUAACAGAGGACGAUGAUAUUGAUAAUGAUGGUGAUUAUUGACAUUUGCAUUUCAUUGCUGUUUGUAUUGAGAAUUAUGCAUUACUUUAUGGGCUUUCGAACAUUGCAACAUUCUUGCUUUGAUUUCAUGUUUUAACUGUAAAAAGACAAAAUGAUAAUGAACUGUUUGUGAUGCAUUUUAAUGUUUAGAAUUAGAUUUUUGUAAUUUAGAUAAUGCCUAUGGCUGAUGAUUGUAUUGCUACACAGGCUGUUGUUUCCAGUGAGGGAAGCUGUGGCCUUGGUGAUUCUUGAUAAUGUAAGUGAUGAUGGUGCAGAUGGUGAGUCCACAGCUGUUGAUAAUGUUGUUGAGUGUGCAUGUGUUUAUUGUGUUGUGUUGACACUUUUUCUAAUAAUUAUCACAUUUUUAAAGUAAUGUCAUCAACAAAAAUAGCGCAAAAAAUUUAAUUUGCAAAACUACUUAAUAUUCUCUAUUAACAAUUGUUACAAUAAAAAAAAAUUCCCUAGCCUCAGAAGGCUUCUUGUUAUUCGUAGAGCUGACCAUAAUAGCCAUAAACAUUGUUUUAGAAAUCAUAUCCAAAAUAAAGAUUAUACUGUAAAGAAUUCAAAAUGCAUUAAUAGUCACCAUGAUGUAGCAAGUCCCUUUUGCAAGUACUCAACAAGUAAAAAAUCUAAAAUACUAAGCUGCAAAUCUGGCUUCAGAGCAUUUAUAAACUUUUGUUUGUAUUGUAUAAUGCAGGUAUUGCUGGUGAUUUGUUUGAUGGUUGGGUUUGAUGUAGGUUGUGGUGGCAGUGAUUAUGUAUUGAAUUUGUAGCAUGUUACAGGAGUUUCUGAUGAUGGUGUUGAUGCAUUGAUGAAGUUGAUGGUAUUGUGUGGAAAGGUUAUGCAAAUGAUGUUGUACAGGUGAUGAUGUUGAUGCAGGUGGUGAUAGAAGAUGCAAGUGACAGUAACAAUUGAUGCUGGUAGCCAUGGUCACAGCUGGUUGUUUUCGAUCUAUUUUGUGUUACAUUAGUAUAAUUCAUUGUAAAACCAACCUUUAUAGUAAAACUGUAGUUUUCAUUAGCAAGUAAGCAUUUUUCUAAAACUUUCUAACAGAGCUAUAUUAAAUGCAGCAAAUUUGUUCGAUGUUUGUAAUUCUUGUUGUUACUUGUGGUUGCUUAUAAAAUGCAUAGGCCAGAGGCCUCCCAAGUAUAGAUUUGAUACUAUCCAAUUUGAUUGCUAUUUUACAUAAAUAGAAAUUUUAAAUGUUUUUUGUAUAAAAAAAGAUUAUGAUAUCCUACCAACUGUACAGAAUGUUGCCAAAAAGGUCCAGUAAAUUAAAGGUUGGAUACAGUAAUUUUCUAUAUUGUGGUAUUCUUUUAAAUUCAUUAUGUUGGAUGGUACAAUACCCAUAAUCAUUGGCUAAGUAAAAUACAGUAGUUCAAGUGUCAAAUGGAAAUGAUUGGCCUACUUGCAUCACAUGAUCUGAAUUAAAGUGAUAAUAAUUGGUCACAAUUUUAUGAAUAUUAAUGUUUAAAAUAAUGAUCUAAAAUGAAUUAAAAGCAUCUGAAAUUCCUAAUAUAUCUUGGAAUUCAACAAUAUGUUCUAUAUCAAGAAAUCAACCAAAGUUUUAUUUCCAACUCUCAAAACUCCAAAUUUUGUGCUAUUAAAUGUAUAUGAGAAUGGUGCUUAAAAUGUAACGCUUUGAUUUCAAGCACGCCUUUCCAUAUCCCACCCAUCCACUUUCCUCAUACUUAUGAUAUUAAUUAUUAUGUAGGCUCUGCUGUGGAACACAAUGGAUGUUUGUGAAAUAUUCCCUUUUUUAAAAUUCUUUUUAACACUUAGAAUUGGAGUGAACCUCAACUAAUCAUCACCUUGGUGUAGGGUGAAUGAUCAAAGUACUGUACUGUACUUAAUUCAUAAUAAUGUAUGCCAAGUACAAAAAAAGAUUUAGUUUCUUUCUUUAGUGCUUUCUUCUUUGUUACCACUCAAUUAUAUUUUAAAUAGAAAUGUCACACACCAUUCUACUGCCAUUGUCAUAACUAGAUGUAUCCUAUUUUUUUGGUGCAUCUUGUUGGAAUGGCAUACAUUCCUCUAUUUCGGACUUGGCAGAUCAGGCUCCGUACAAACAACAGCAGCAGCAACACCAACUUGGUCUGAAAAAGCAUAAUUCUUGCCUCUUUUUUAAAUUACAGAUGAGGAAUCUAGUAAUUUUUCUUUACUUGGUCAUUUAUAUUUUUGCCCAGACCUCCCGAGUAUACAUUAAUUUUGUUAAAGCACUUGGUGAUGAGCCAUUGUUAGUUUUUGAAAUGCUUUUCUUUUGAUUGAAAUUUUCAUUCUACUGUGUAUUUUGUAGCACAUUGAUUAGUUGAUAUUUGUAGUUACUCAAGAAGUCUGUGUGUAUUGUAUCUUCAUUUAAUGCUUGCAAUUAUUUACGUCAUUGAUGUAUUAACAUUAAUUAGAAUCUCAUCAAUUAAUUAAGCUAAUGCGCAAAUUUUUCACUUUGUUACUUUACAUCACAUCCUCUGUGCUUUCUAUUAAAAGCAUAGCAUUAGAAAUGUGUUCGUUCAUGCUAUUUCAUGCAUCUCUGUGUAAAUAUAUACUGUACUGUGAAACGGGUAUUUUGGUAAAGGUUUUGUAAUAUUCUUAUGUAAAUAAUUUCUUCAAUUAAAUGAAAUAUUAAAGCAGUUCUCUGAUCAUGCAAGUGUGCUAAAACUAUUGUACUUAAUGUCAGAUGUUUGAAAAUCUCAUAAAUAUCGUAGUCCUAACUUAGGAAGAAACCAUUUUGUUUGCAAAAUAUAAUUGCAUUCAGGUCUCAGGUUUCAUCAUGGAUUGACCGACUCCUGUGUUCUCAUCAAAUGUAGAAUAAUACCAUGUAUUAUUUAUUUACCUAGCAUUGUUUGUAUCUGUUCUUCUGAUGGCAGCUAUAAUAUAUACCUUCUACUGUACGGCCAAUUAAAUAAAAAUUAUGUUUCUCAUCCUUAUAUGUUUUUUUAAGAGUAUUAGACCCCUUUUUACUUUAUAAUUUAUUUUCGCUUUUGACUCGAACACAUGCACCUUCAGACCUAAGGUCUAUGUCAGGACUGCACACCAAUGGACUUUCAUUGCUUAUAAGGAUGAGUGUUGAAUUUCUGGGUUUUCUAUGUUUUUAACCUCAUAAAAGGGUGGUAUUCCUCAAUAAGAAAAAGAUGCAAAAGGACAUGAGAAACUUUUUUUUGUUGUUUUUGGCCAAAAAAUACACAGAUCACCAUACACAAGUAAUUGAUUGAAAAUCAAAAUUGAAACUGGAAGUUUUAUGUUUUAUGGGACAUCAAACAUUGCCAUGUAAUUUUUGAAGCUGUCAUUUUUAUGUACUGUAAUAUGUUUUAGAAAUUAUGCUGCAGUGUGUCCACUACCAGAGGGUUUUUGCAGCAUUCUGAUGGUCUUGUAUGAAGUUACUGCAUCAUUAUUGUUAUUUAUUAUGUUAAGGGGUCAUGCCAGCAACAUAUUUAAUGUAUAUUUAAAUAACAAUUAAGCAAAAUAAUAUUGAACCAUUGUAUUUUACCAUUCUUAGCCAUCAUUUCUAUAUUAUGUAUUAAUAAAAUAAAUGCCAUAUUCAUCAAA